AUGGUAGGGACAGCCUAUCAAGCUGCUCAUGACACCUCUGAGGAAGUAAUAGCCAAUGUUAUUGUUUCUGGUUUCUCUGGUCAACUCAAAGAUUUUGUUCUUGAAACCAUCGCACUCUUUGACUCAGGUGCAGAUUCAAAUUGUAUUAAAGAAGGUCUGAUCCCCACAAAGUAUUUUGAAAAAACUACUGAACGUCUUAGCUCAAUAACGGGUGAAAGACUAAACAUCAAAUUCAAAUUAACCAAUGCUUUUGUUGAAAAAGGUAAUCUUAGGAUUCCAAUCAACUUCAUCAUAGCAAAGGAUAUCAAAAACGAUGUAGUCUUGGGGACACCUUUUAUAAUCCUUUUGUUUCCCUACCUAGCAGAUUUUCAUGGACUUACCUCUUUUGUGGGAGGACAGAAAAACGGACUUGCGGUUUCAAAAUCGAAAAUUGUCCUUUUCCAAACAAAAAUUUGUUUUCUUAGUCAUAUGAUUUCCCAAGGAACAAUAACCCCUAUCAAAAGAUCAAUUUUGUUUGCAGAAAAGUUCCCAGACUAUAUCCUUGACAAACCUCAACUCCAGAGGUUCCUAGGAUGUCUUAAUUAUGUCUCGGACUUCAUCCCAAAUCUUAACAAUCUCAUUAAGCCUUUUCAUGAUAGGCUUAAGAAAAAUCCUCCGCUAUGGACGGACAAACAUUCUGAUAUCAUCAGAUUUCUUAAAACCAAAGUUCGCAAUCUUCGUUGCCUUUACCUACCUGUUCCUCAUGCAUUCAAAAUUGUUGAAACAGAUGCAUCUGAUUAA